AUGAAAGCAUACGUUGCAAAUUGCAGCGACUCAGAAGAAGCUGUGAAGCAUGUUAUCAUCGAUUCUUCUACUCUAAGGGAUGACGAGCAUCAACCAAAAGAACUGAAAACUAAAUUAGUAUGUUGGUGGUAAUGUAUAAAAUUGGCGACCUCAGCAAUUAUGUGUACGAAGAAUGAGAUGAUAUUUUUAAUAAUGGUACUACAACCCUAUACGAAAUCAAUUUCCCCACGAAUUUUAUAGAUUUUCAGCAACAUACUAAUUUAUUUUGAAAUCUUCUGAUUGGUGUUUGCCAGUAGUUUAUUUACUGCCUUUUUUAAAUUUUGAGUCCAGCUUAUUUCUUUUAUUAUUGCAAUUACAAAAUAUAUCAUUGAUCACAUUAUUUGACAAAAAUAGUAUACAAGCAGUAAAUCAAUUUAUCAAAGCAAAAAAUCAGUAGUUUUCAAACUAUACUAUACUGAUUAUAUUAUGUGUAUGAUACUACUGCCUUUUUACCCAUUUAUAAAGUAUGAUUACUCAUUUAGUUUUUUAUGUAAUAUUUGUAUUAUUUGGGAAUAAGUAUUUACCGUUAUAAAUAGUUACUUUUACUCCGAAAGAAUAAUGUUUAAAAAUAUUCUGCGUUUAACUUACCAUAUAAGAAAACGUGAUGUUUUUAGUUCUUUUAUAUAAUUAUUAAUAUGAAUCAUUAAAUGUUGACUUUUAUACAAAUUAUGAGAA